GCUGCCAGCCUACGCAGCAACUGCCUCCGCACGGGAGGAGCGUCAGCCCGCAUUGCUGGGACACGGUUGUUAUUAUUAUCAUUAUCAUCAAUGAGGAUAUUCUUCGCAUCCGGCUGACUGAUUCAUUGUUGCUGUUGCCUCGUGAGCAGCCAUCCCCGCCGCGGAAAGGACUAGAGGAACAUUUGGUGUUGUUGUUUUCCCAAGUUCUUGCACGAGGAGUGAAAUCGGAGUGCUCCGCCGAUAAACACUCCGGGAAAAGUGGGCACGAUACGUGAGGACGGAUGAGUGAGUAAUCUGGGAACCAGUACGGAACACGUUGGAUCCCACUGCCGUUCACUUUUACUCACAGUGGACCGAAAUGCUGCGUUCAAGGGACGGAACAAGUCGCUCCAGCGCGACACACUGAGCGCUUAAAAGCAUGGACCUGAACGCACGCGACUUCCACGGAGAACACAUUGUUGGACCCAUGCGGGAUUUAUGUUUUUAUUAAAACCUAACAUGAGGAAACGAUGGUCUUGCAGCAGGUAGUUCAGUAAGUUUUUUCCCCCCACAUUGAUCUGACACACAAACCGCCAGCCGGGUUCCAUCCCUGACUUUUUAAUGAAAUGAACUUGUGCGUUGUGUUAUUGUGGUGAAUUGUUGGCCAAUGUUGUUCUUUAAAUCAAAGAGAGGGAGAAUGCGUUCAACUGUUAACCUGAGCCUCAUCUAUGUGCUGCUGGUCCUUUGGGCCGGUGGGGGUUCAGCCAUUAGCUCCAUAGACCCGGACUGGUCAGGGGAGGGGAGGUGUCAACACAUCAACAUCCCCCAGUGUAAAGACAUUGGCUACAACAUGACACGCAUGCCAAAUCUCAUGGGCCACGAUGACCAAAAAGAGGCAGCUAUAAAGCUGCAGGAGUUUGCAACGCUGAUACAGUUUGGAUGCCACAUUCAUCUCAAAUUUUUCCUGUGUUCCCUGUAUGCUCCCAUGUGCACAGAGGAGGUUUCAAACCCCAUCCCAGCAUGUAGAGUUAUGUGUGAGCAGGUCAAGCUGAAAUGCUCUCCCAUCUUGGAACAAUUUAACUUUCCCUGGCCGGACUCUCUGGAUUGCGCCCGGCUGCCGACCAAAAACGACCCAAACAACCUUUGCAUGGAGGCGCCAAACAACGGCUCAGAGGAGCCUCUCAAAGUCUCUCACACCCAGCCUCCAGAUUUCAGGCCACAGCGGCCUCUGAGCGGGCAGGACCUGCACCUCAAGGACAGCAAGCAGACGUGCAGUAAUCCUGGCAAGUUCCACUUUGUAGAGAAGAGUGAAUCCUGUGCCCCCAAAUGCCACCCCAAAGUGGAUGUAUACUGGAGUCAGGGAGACAAGCAGUUCUCUCUGGUGUGGAUAGCCAUCUGGUCUAUCCUGUGCUUUGUCUCCAGCGCCUUCACCGUGCUCACUUUCCUCAUCGACCCGCAGAGAUUCAAAUAUCCGGAGAGGCCGAUCAUCUUCCUCUCCAUGUCCUACUGUGUUUACUCUGUGGGCUAUCUCAUCAGACUUUUUGUGGGAGCUGAUAGAAUAGCCUGUGACCGAGACAAUGGCGUUCAGUAUAUUAUCCAGGAGGGUCUGGAGAGCACCGGCUGCACCAUUGUCUUUCUCAUCCUGUAUUAUUUCGGCAUGGCCAGCUCCCUCUGGUGGGUUAUCUUGACCCUCACAUGGUUUCUGGCUGCAGGGAAGAAGUGGGGUCAUGAGGCCAUCGAGGCCAACAGCAGCUACUUCCACCUGGCAGCGUGGGCCAUCCCGGCUGUGAAGACCAUCAUGAUCCUGGUGAUGAGGAAAGUAGCGGGAGAUGAACUGACCGGCGUCUGCUACGUGGGCAGCAUGGAUGUCAAAGCUCUCACAGGCUUUGUGCUCAUUCCUCUCUCCUGCUACCUUAUUAUUGGCACUUCCUUUCUGCUGUCUGGCUUCGUGGCCCUCUUCCACAUCCGUAAGAUCAUGAAAACGGAGGGAGAGAACACAGACAAGCUGGAGAAGUUGAUGGUUCGCAUCGGGGUCUUCUCCGUGCUCUACACCGUCCCGGCCACCUGCGUCAUCGCCUGCUAUUUCUACGAGAGGCUCAACAUGGACUACUGGCGCGUUGUGGCCGGGGAGCAGAAGUGUGUGGACAGCAGCGGGUCGGAGUCAGACGGGUGCGCCAUGAAGACUUCCAUCCCCACUGUUGAGAUCUUCAUGGUGAAGAUCUUCAUGUUGCUGGUGGUGGGCAUCACUAGCGGCAUGUGGAUCUGGACUUCAAAGACACUGCAGUCGUGGCAGAACGUGUUUAGCAGGAAGCUAAAGAAGAGGACGAGGAGGAAGGCUGCCAGUGUGUUCACCAGCAGCAGGCCUUACAUCAAACCCCACCCAUCUCUCAAAGGGCACAGUACGAAGUAUGAGCCUACACGGCCCCCUCCAACCUGUGUAUGAGCGUGCUCUCUUUGUGUAAACCCCAAAAAUACUUGUAACGCCCUUACCUAAAUGAGACUUUGUAAUUAGAGUGCCAUCAAAAAAAAUAAGGUUCAUGUUUUAUUUAUGCAAACUGCGUUGAAGAUAAUGUGUUUGUGUGUGUGUGUGUGUCUUGAGCCAUCUCAUUCAACAAAAGCUGCCUUUGUUUGAAAAACUCCUGGAUUCACUUAUCCUACUGAGGAACUUGGUCGAGAAAAACUAUCUCAUUGUCUCUUAGCAGAAGAGUGGAAUACAUGGGGUCUCUUGGAUAAUGUGCAAUAAAUGUUUUCCUUCCUGGCAAAAAAAGACACUUGUACUGUCAGUGACAGAUUAUAGACAAUGGAGGCAAACGGUCAGAGGGAUGAAUAUUGUUUUGAGACUUUUUAUUGGGAACCAAGGCAGUGCCAUAUAUGUUUAACUGGAGUGAGAGCAGCUGUUGAAAAGAGCUCAAGUCCUUCCAAGCUGCCCUUAAUUUGUGAGGAAAUUCCAUGGCAUAAAUUAAUCAAGCACUCGUUAUUGAAAAGUUAUUUGUACGCGCAGUUGAGUUUUCCUUUCUUUUUUUUUCUUUGCUGUUUUAUAGCACAAGGGAACAUUUGUAUAUAUUUCUAAAAAAAAACUUUUAUAGAAAAAUUAAUAAAACGUUCUAGUUUUAAAUGUUUGUUAAGCCGAAAUGGUGUGUUGCAACUGUGUCGUUAUUCCUUCUGCUGAAGUAAGUCUACAUUCUCAUGAGGAUGAGGACAUGGGGCGUCUCCACGAAGGCAGAUCAAAGAGGAGCUGCCUGAUCCGCCAAUUAUCUCAGCAACUUGAUUUGUCACUGUGUCAAUAAACUUUAUGACUGAU